UGUAGUAACUAUAAUUUUAUUUUCCAUAGCCAUAAUGAAAAAUUAAUUGAAGAAAUGGAGCCUGCAAAUGAUACCAUCGUGACCGAAUUUGUUCUCACUGGUCUAUCCCAGACUCGGGAAGUGCAGCUAGUCUUGUUUGUUAUAUUUUUAUCCUUUUAUUUAUUCAUACUUCCAGUGAAUAUCCUUAUUAUCUGCACUAUCAGGCUUGAUCCCCAUUUGAGUUCUCCCAUGUAUUUCCUGCUGGCUAAUCUAGCCUUUCUUGAUAUUUGGUACUCCUCUAUCACAGCGCCUAAGAUGCUCGUAGACUUCUUUGUGGAAAGGAAGAUAAUUUCCUUUGGUGGGUGCAUUGCGCAACUCUUCUUCUUGCACUUUGUCGGGGCUUCUGAGAUGUUCCUGCUGACAGUGAUGGCUUUUGACCGCUAUGCUGCCAUCUGCCGCCCUCUCCACUAUGCUACCAUCAUGAACCGCAGGCUCUGUUGUAUCUUAGUGGCCCUCUCCUGGACAGGGGGCUUUGUUCAUUCUAUAAUACAGGUGGCUCUCAUUGUUCGACUCCCAUUUUGUGGGCCCAAUGAAUUAGACAAUUAUUUUUGUGACAUCACUCAGGUUGUCCGGAUUGCCUGUGCCAAUACUUUCCUGGAGGAAUUGGUCAUGAUCUUCAGCAGUGGCCUGAUCUCUGUGGUGUGCUUCAUUGCUCUGCUAAUGUCCUAUGCCUUUCUUCUGGCCAUGCUCAAGAAACACUCAAGCUCAGGUGAGAGCACCAGCAGGGCUAUAUCCACUUGUUAUUCCCACAUUACCAUAGUGGUGCUUAUGUUUGGACCAUCCAUCUACAUUUAUGCUCGCCCAUUUGACGAGUUUUCUCUAGAUAAAGUGGUGUCUGUGUUUCAUACUGUGAUAUUCCCUUUACUCAACCCCAUCAUCUACACACUGAGAAACAAGGAGGUAAAGGCAGCCAUGAGAAAGUUGGUGAACAAAUACAUUUUUUGCAAAGAAAAGUGAAAAAUAAAUGAUAUAUUUUACUUUGUGCUAACACAGGAAGUGGUGGUAAU